AUGCCUAGAGAACGACGUGCGAACAUCGGCCGCCGCACAAGACAUGCAAGCCAGCAACAAGUCUAUUCAAGGAACUUAAGAGAAGAAAGACAAAAUAUAAUAAGAGAAAAAGACCGAUUGAGACAUCGCGUGAGCACACGAAGAUCAUUGGCAUCAUACAAUCGCUUGGCAUUCCAAUAUGAUCCCACUGCGAACUACAGUGAUGAUGAAAAUUUGGAUAUUGGACGAAUGACGACUAUAUGCCGAUAUUGCAAUGCGUUAAAGUUCAAAAGAGAAACGGUUGGAUUGUGCUGCGCAAGUGGAAAAGUCAAACUGGAUCCAUUACUUACACCACCACAGCCACUGAAAACAUUGUUUGAUGGAAGUGAUCCCGAUUCCAGCCAUUUUCUUCAACACAUCCUUGAAUACAAUAACUGCUUUCGCAUGACUUCCUUUGGAGCUAAUAUCAUUCGAGAAGGCGGCUUCAUGCCGACUUGCAAGAGACGAAUUAUUGAACAGUUGCAAGCAUUUUUUCACGCUAAUAAUGCUGUGGUUAAUAUGUUCAAAACAGCAUUGGAACGAAUGCCAUCGGAUACGCACAAAUUUGUCAUAAGAGCGGAUUGUACUCCAACAGGUGAACAUGUGCGAAGAUUCAAUGCACCCACCGUUAAUGAUGUUGCUGCAAUUAUUGUUGGCGAUCCAACUAAAUCACGAGACAUUGUCGUUCAGCGAAGAAGCAAUAUCAUGCAUCGUGUAAACGAGACACAUCGUUUGUACGAUGCGUUACAAUAUCCAAUCAUUUAUUGGCAAGGGCAAGACGGAUACGACAUCACGUUGAAGAUGGUCGAUCCAAUUACAGGAGUAUCAACGAAUAAUAAAAAUCUAAGCGCAAUGAAUUACUAUGCGUAUCGUAUGAUGAUUCGUACACAUGAGGAGAAUGUCAUUCUGAAGUGCGGUCGGCUAUUCCAGCAAUUCGCUGUCGACAUGUAUGUCAAAGUCGAGACCGAACGUUUAGCGUUCAUCAGAUUCAAUCAGCCAAAGCUACGAUCUGAGGACUAUAUACACUUGCGUGAUGCUAUUCAUUCAGAUGGUGAUGUUCAGAAUAUUGGACGACUGACGGUUCUCCCAUCAACUUAUAUCGGAAGCCCACGCCACAUGCACGAAUACGCUCAAGACGCUAUGACGUACGUACGAAAUUAUGGAACUCCGGAUUUAUUUAUUACGGUCACAUGCAAUCCGAAGUGGACGGAAAUUGAACGCGAGUUGGAACCGGGUCAAAAACCGCAAGAUUGCCAUGACAUAAUCGCCAGAGUAUUUCAGCAAAAACUCAUGGUUAUGAUGGAUGUGCUUACUAAGUAUCGAGUUUUUGGUGACACACGUUGUUAUAUGUACUCGGUGGAAUGGCAGAAGCGUGGACUACCGCAUGCUCAUAUCCUAAUUUGGUUGCUGAACAAAUUACAUUCAAAUGAAGUGGAUGACAUCAUAUCAGCUGAAAUUCCUGAUCCAGUCCCUGAUCCCCGUCUACACGACAUUGUGACGACACAGAUGGUGCAUGGACCGUGCGGUGCAUUAAAUCCAUUAUCGCCUUGCAUGGCUGAUGGAAAGUGCACAAAACGAUAUCCGCGACCGUUAGUUGCUGAAACAGUCACAGGGAACGAUGGAUAUCCAGUUUAUCGUCGGCGUUCAAAAGAAGAUAACGGUCGAACUAUCAAAGUUAAAGUUCAAAAUCAAGAGAUUGAGAUCGGAAAUGAAUUCAUUGUACCAUAUUGCCCGCUGCUAUCACGAAUUUUCGAAACACAUGCAAACGUUGAGAGUUGUCAUUCGGCCAAAUCAAUCAAAUAUUUGUGCAAGUACGUCACAAAAGGCAGCGACAUGGCUGUGUUUGGUAUUGCGUCGGAAAAUGUGAAUGACGCAAUCAGCAACUUCCAAAUGGGCAGAUACGUCAGUACUAAUGAAGCACUGUGGCGAUUAUUGUCAUUUCAAAUUCAUGAAAGAUAUCCCACAGUUGUACAUUUAGCAGUGCAUUUGGAAAAUGGCCAAAGAGUUUACUUCACUGAGGCUAAUGCGGCACAACGAGCUGAGAGACCACCAUCGACAACAUUGACUAGCUUCUUUGCAAUGUGUGAAGCAGAUCCAUUCGCAGCGACGCUGAUGUACGUUGAAAUGCCCAAGUAUUACACUUGGAAUCAAUUAACAAAGAAAUUCCAACGUCGCAAACAAGGAACCCCAGUUCCAGACUGGCCACAGGUGUUUUCAACUGAUGCACUAGGUCGUAUGUACACUGUUCAUCCUAGAAACGAUGAAUGUUUUUAUUUGCGACUGCUGUUAGUAAAUGUACGUGGACCGAAAUCAUUUGCGCAUUUGAAAACUGUGAAUGGCCACCAAUGCCAAACAUAUCGAGAAGCAUGUCAACUAUUGGGUUUGCUGGAGAACGAUUCUCAUUGGGAUUUAACACUUGCAGAUUCAGUUGUUUCAUCAAAUGCGUACCAAAUACGAACGCUGUUCGCAAUUAUCAUCACCACAUGUUUUCCUUCACAACCAAUUCAGUUAUGGAACAAAUACAAAGACGCCAUAUGUGAAGAUAUCUUGCAUCGCUUGCGUAUUCAAACGAAUAAUCCUGACAUCCAAAUAACCGAUGAAAUCUACAAUGAAGGAUUGAUUCUGAUUGAGGAUCAAUGCUUGACUAUUGCAAACAAGCUACUGAUUGAAGUAGGAAUGAUUGCGCCAAAUCGAUCGAUGCACGAUGCAUUCAACCAAGAAUUAAAUCGAGAGCUGCAAUACAAUGUUGAUACAUUGCAGGAAUUCGUUAGAAAUAAUGUUCCGUUGCUGAAUGAACAGCAAAAACAAGUAUACAAAACAUUAAUGCAAGCGGUGGACAAUAAUACUGGUGGUCUAUUCUUCCUGGAUGCAAGGCUUAUAAGUCGCAAGGCCAAUCGCUUAGUGUUUGCGGGAUAA